AUUAUCAACACAUAGGCUAACUGUCGACUCUUUGUACGUUACUACGUUACUCAAGAGGAGUAGACUGACUAGUGUGUGCUAUUUUGAGCCGUCCUCUAUUCCUAUAUCUUUCGGAACUGUUGUUGACAUUCAGUAAUGAAGGGAACUUGUCAAAAGCUCCAUGGGUAAACAUUUUGGAGUGAUUAUUACAAGCGCAUUUACCCAAACGUAUAGGUCCUCGCCAAAGACUGUCCACCUGGGAUGUUCGACCUAACGAAGGAAUGGAAUCUGUCGUUUGCUGGCUGCGGGUUCCUGGGGAUCUAUCACAUCGGAGUGGCCAGCUGCCUGUUGGAACAAGCGCCCUACCUCAUCAAAGGUGCCACCAAGAUUUACGGGGCUUCGGCCGGUGCCCUAACCGCCUCGGUGCUCGCCAGCCAGGCAUCCAUAGCUAAGUGCUGUGAGGAUGUGAUCGAGACAGCCAAGGAGGCCCGGAAGAGUAACCUGGGUCCCCUCCACCCCUCCUUCAACCUGGUCAAGGUCAUCAGGUCAGGCCUGGAGCGCGACCUGCCCGCCGACGCUCACACACUUGCCUCCGGGAGGCUGUGUGUGUCACUCACUCGCGUGUCUGAUGGACAAAACGUCAUCGUGUCCGAGUUCAAGUCCAAGGAGGAGCUCAUCCAGGCGCUACUGUGUAGCUGUUUCAUCCCCAUAUACUGUGGCCUGAUCCCCCCAUCCUUCCAAGGAGUGCGUUACGUGGAUGGGGGGAUCAGUGACAACCUUCCUCAGUCGGAGCUGAAGAACACCAUCAGCAUUUCUCCGUUCUCGGGCGAGAGCGACAUCAGUCCCCGGGACACCUCCUUCAACUUCCACGAGCUGCGAUUCACCAACACCUCCAUCCAGAUUAACCUGGGCAAUAUGUACCGCCUCAGCAAUGCCCUGUUCCCCCCAGAACCCAAGGUCAUGGCAGAGAUAUGUCAGAGUGGCUACAAGGACGCCCUUCGCUUUCUUGAGGAGAACCAUCUGCUGAAGCUGGAGUGUCCGACUGUCGGCCCCAACCCAUCAGAAGCCAUACACACCUGCUGCUGCAAGCCCAUCGCCACGGAAACCACUAAGGACUGGCUGCUCCGGCGGCUCCGCCUCCUGAGGAAGCGGCACUGGUGGCUGGACGAGCAGAUUGUUGACAACCUGCCUAUCCAAAUCAAAAAAGUGUUCUGUGAGGCGUGCCAGCAGAAGCCUGGUCUGUAUGCUAAGGUGUCCGAGAUGCUGCCGGUCAGAGUGGCCUCCUACAUGCUCCUGCCCUGCACACUACCUGUGGUGUCAGCCUACUCAGUGGGCAAGAGGUUUGUGGAGUGGAUCCCAGAGGUGCCUGCAGACAUGCGUUGGCUAGCUGGGGUGGCUGGGGAUGUGGCUGGGAGCGUGUACAGACAGGCCUGGAGAGGAGCACCAGCAGACAUAACCAGUGAUGGUUCCCUGAGGAAUUGCCUGAGUUUGCCUCCACCCCUGGAUAGUGACAGACACAGGGAGAGAAACGGUCACCUCGCCGGGUUCGCUCUCUCUGCUCUCGACCUCCAAAGCCAAUACUGGAACAUCCCGACCCCACCCUCUUCCCACUGCCCCACCAGCCCCCUCAUGCCCAGCCCCUCCCCACGACAGAUCUGCUUCUUUGUUGGCUCGCAGGACGAGACUGACUGACAGACCCACCAGCUCAAGAUACCUCCCACAGGGCCUGUCUAUAGGCUAUAGGAACUGUGAAGGGUGGUUUGGGAUGGACAAAUGAUGGUCAUGUGAUUGAAUAGCUUUGGGAUCCAGAACUGUUGCUAUAGACACACUAAUGACUCAAUCAUGUCUUUUGAUCACUCCACCAAUCAUAUUUUAUUCUAUUGUACACAUUGGAAAACAAUGUACCAGCUCACCACCAAAGACCUCUGCAAGUGAAUUCCUUUUUGAAAUUAUACAUUUUAUAACUAUGUCUAGUUUUACCAGAUAACUUGUUGUCACUACAACUCUUACCUACCUACCUACUUACUUACCUACCUCCCUACCUACAGUACCUACCUACCAGAAGAAGCUGGUGGCAGGAGCUAUAGGAGGAUGGGAUCAUUGUGAUGGCUGAAGUAUAAUAAAUGGAACAGUAUCAAACAUAUGGAAACCACAUGUUUGACUCCGUUCCAAAUCA